CAAUAACGGGCUAUAUCAUCUGCUGCUAUUUGCAGAUCGCUGUAGCCAGGCGCCAGGCUGAGCCCCGAGAAGGAAAAAAACGGCUGCCGGGCGCUUUUCCUUGUCGCUCUUGUGUGAUGGAGACGGUCUCAGAGGGAAUGGCAUCUGCAAGGUGGCCGGCAGGAACGAGGUAGGCUGAAGUUGUCUGUUGAGUUUGGAUACGCGGAGCGCACGAUAACCAGGGGAUUGUUGAAUGCGGAUGAGACAAGUGAGCCGUGUUGUGUAGUUUCUUAGUGCUUCACUGCACCACCGGCACUAGGUGUUGAUUUGACCUAAGUUGCAUGAUGCACUUGCAACAUCAUUUCAUCACCAUGGCAGCGACUUGAUGUCAUUUCAUUAGGCAGGGAAAUCGAACCUUUACCCGCGGAACUGCAACUACCAGCGCCGCGCCAACGACAGCCCAUUCGUCCGCGGCUGAGCUCUAAGAGGACGGAGGAUGGCAGGAGGUAGAUGGAGGAACGCGGGGACGGGAGACACGCCGGGCUCGCGUGUCAGGUUGUUGGCAGCGAUUGUGCUGCUGGGGGCCGAUCUGAGCUCGCUCGGCCUGAGGGAGCGGGUCGGGGUCAACGGUCAGAACAAUGAGAGAAGGGUGCUGACGCACAUCCCUGGUGACAUCAUUAUAGGAGCUCUGUUCUCUGUCCACCACCAGCCACCUGCCGACAAGGUCCACGAGCGAAAGUGCGGCGCGGUGAGGGAGCAGUACGGGAUCCAGAGGGUAGAGGCCAUGAUGCACACUCUGGAUCGGAUCAACGCAGACCCCAAUAUCCUCCCGAACAUCACGCUGGGCUGCGAGAUCAGGGACUCGUGCUGGCACUCCGCGGUGGCGCUGGAGCAGAGCAUCGAGUUCAUCCGGGACACGCUGGUGUCCAACGAGGAGGAGGAGAGCCAGGGCAGGUGCGCCGCCGAGGGAGGGAGCAUGCUGCUCCGGGCCAAGAAGCCCAUCGUGGGCCUGAUCGGACCAGGGUCCAGCUCCGUGGCCAUCCAGGUGCAAAAUCUCCUGCAGCUCUUCAACAUCCCGCAGAUAGCCUACUCGGCCACCAGCAUGGAUCUCAGCGACAAGAGCCUGUUCAAGUAUUUCAUGAGGGUGGUGCCGUCGGACAUGCAACAAGCCCGAGCCAUGGUCGACAUCGUCAAGAGAUACAGCUGGAGCUACGUGUCGGCGAUACACACAGAGGGUAAUUACGGCGAGAGCGGUAUGGAGGCAUUUAAAGACAUGGCAGCAAAGGAGGGGAUCUGCAUCGCCCACUCCGACAAGAUCUACAGCAACGCGGGGGAACGGAGCUUCGAUAAGCUGCUGCAGAAGCUGCGAGGCCACCUGCCCAAGGCCAGGGUGGUGGCCUGCUUCUGCGAGGGCAUGACGGUCCGGGGGAUACUGAUGGCCAUGAGGCGACAGGGCCUGGUGGGAGAGUUUGUGCUGGUUGGAAGCGACGGCUGGGCGGACAGGUCCGACGUGACCGACGGCUACCAGAGGGAGGCCAACGGCGGGAUCACGAUUAAGCUGAAGUCGGCGUACGUGACCUGGUUCGACGACUACUACCUGAACCUGAAGCCGGACGCCAACCUGAGGAACCCCUGGUUCCCCGAGUUCUGGCAGCACCGCUUCCAGUGCCGGUUGAGGGGUCACCCGCAGGAGAGCGCCGCGUACAACCGCACCUGCACCUGGAGGGAGUCUCUUCGCCACCAGUAUGCGCAAGACACCAAGAUGGGCUUUGUCAUCAAUGCCAUCUAUUCCAUGGCCCACGGCUUACACAGCAUGCAGCAGGCCCUCUGUCCCGGAUUUAAGGGUUUGUGUGAGAGCAUGCGGCCCAUCGACGGCCGCAAGCUGCUGGACUUCCUGAUGAAGACCAACUUCACGGGCGUUUCUGGGGAGACCAUCCACUUUGACCAGAGCGGAGACUCACCUGGCCGGUAUGAAAUCAUGAACUUCAAGCGCACCGGCGAGGACGAGUACGCUUACAUCCACGUGGGGAGCUGGGAUCAGGGCGGGCUGAAGAUGAACGACGAGGAAAUCUGGAGUAACAACAGUGACAUCAUCCAGUCGGUCUGCUCCGAGCCCUGCCAGAAGGCGCAGAUCAAGGUGAUCCGCAAAGGAGAGGUGAGCUGCUGCUGGACCUGCACUCCCUGCAAGGAGAACGAGUUUGUAUUCGAUGAGUACACCUGUCGGGCCUGUGUCCUGGGCUUCUGGCCCACAGACGACCUCACCGGCUGUGAGCCGAUCCCGGUGCAGUACGUGCGUUGGGGGGAUCCGGAGCCCAUCGCCGCCGUGGUCUUCUCCUGCCUGGGCCUGAUGGCCACACUUUUUGUGACUUCCGUCUUCAUCAAGUUCUGGGACACUCCCGUGGUCAAGUCAUCCAGCCGUGAGCUCUGCUACAUCAUCCUGGCCGGAAUAUGCCUGGGCUACCUGUGCACCUUCAGCCUCAUCGCCAAGCCGCACAUCAUCUACUGCUACCUCCAGCGGCUGGGAAUCGGCCUGUCGCCCGCCAUGAGCUACUCCGCUUUGGUCACCAAGACCAACCGUAUAGCGCGGAUCCUGGCAGGGAGCAAGAAGAAGAUCUGCACCAAGAAACCUCGCUUUAUGUCCGCCUGCGCACAAUUGGUCAUCGCCUUCCUACUCAUCCUGCUGCAGCUGGGGAUUAUUGUGGCACUUCUUAUCAUAGAGCCACCACAGGUGAUCUAUGACUACCCGAGCAUCAGUGAGGUGCACUUGAUCUGCAACCUGACCACUCUGGGGGUGGUGGCGCCGCUGGGCUACAAUGGCCUGCUCAUCCUCAGCUGCACCUUCUAUGCCUUCAAGACUCGUAAUGUACCAGCUAAUUUCAACGAGGCCAAGUAUAUUGCCUUCACCAUGUACACCACCUGCAUCAUCUGGCUGGCCUUUGUUCCUAUUUACUUUGGCUCCAACUACAAGAUCAUCACCAUGUGCUUCAGUGUCAGCCUCAGCGCCACCGUGGCCCUGUGCUGCAUGUUUGUCCCGAAGGUUUACAUCAUGCUCGCCAAGCCCGAGAAAAACGUGCGGAGUGCGUUCACAACGUCCACAGUGGUGCGCAUGCACGUGGGUGAUGCCAAAAAAGCUGCCAAGACGGGCAAGUCCACCAGCAGCAUGGCCAAUUUGUUUCGACGUCGUGGCUCGGCACAGGAUGACAUCAGUUCCAAUGGGAAAUCCGUGACCUGGGCGAAGAACGAGCGCAGCUACAGACCAAACCUGUGGAAGCGGAUGUCGUUCCACGUGAAGAAGAAAGAGGCGGUGGAGGCGAACCAGACGGCGAUCAUCAAACCCUUCUCCGAGGGAGGAGACACACCCGCCGACGCCGGUGUCGGAGAGCAGUAUGCGGAGCCGCAGGUGUCGCAGCCCUUCACCUGCUCGCCCUCCCAGUCGCCUCUGCUCACCAUCAGCCCGCAUGCGGCGAAGGCGAGGAGUCUCCAAGGAGGAGAGGAUGGAGAGGAGCCACAAGCUUUACCCGCUUACGCUCCUGAGCACGCCGCCGCGGUCCGAAGGAGAGGUGGGGACGGCAGCCAGGGCUCGGUGAACGGCGGGGACAUCAGCGUCAUACCCGUGGGUGUGGGUGACAUCGGCACGGGGAUGCUUGGCGCUCAAACGCAGGGCACCACCACCAUCAUGGACCAAAUCAGCUGUGUGGUGAACCGAUUCACCGCCAACAUCAGUGAGCUCAACACCAUGAUGCUGCCCGGGGGAGCCCCCGUCAGCCCCGCCUCCACCGCCACCACCGCCGCCGCCGCCGCCGCUGCCGCCGCCCAGCCCGCGGCCGCAGACGCCGCCCCCUGUCCUCCUCAGUACCUGACCCCCAGGAGCCGACAGGCCCCCCACGCCGUCACCGCAUACGCCGAGGUGGCGGCUGUUCCCACUUUCUGCGAGACCCGACCGGCGGCCAAGAUCUACGAGCACCUGGUCGGGACUUGCGUGAGCGGCAGACGAGCCAAGGAUAUGGAGGAGCUGGUGGCUCUGACGCCCCCCUCCCCUUUUAGAGACUCGUCCCUGAGCUCCGACAGCAGCUCACCCGGGUCGAUGUCCCCGGCCUCGGAGGAAGAGUAUGGCCAGCUGCUGCUGAGACACUACAGCCAGAGCUCUUCGUCCCUCUAAACCCCCUUCGACACCUCUACUCCCGCACAAAGCUCCGGCCUGGACCAAACACUUUCUACGUGUGGACGUUCUGAAUGUUUUAGCAGUUAUUUUUUUUAAAACGUGUUCAUUUUCAGAUUGGACUGUGUGCACCCGUGCAUGCCUCCGUUGAGAGGACUGAGGACUGAAAAUACCGAAUGCUUCAUCUUUUGUCUACGAGUGGUUAAAAAAGGACUGGAACACACACACAUAUGGGCAUUUCGCAGACUUUCUAACGUGACACUGACACAGGUUUCAAAUUCCAAAGAAAAUACCAAUUCUUUAUAAAAUGUUCAUCAAUCAUAAGUAGGGGGGAAAUUGACCAAAUAUUAAUGUUCAGUGUGUCUUUGGAAUAUGCCAAAGUGGCAUUCGAUUUUUUUUUGUUUUAGUUUUUUAAGGAAAGUGCAGGUCUUAGAACACUGAGAAUAGUCGAGUUUCAUUUGAAUAUUUUGCAUUAUCUAUUAUCGUAAAUGCAUAAAACAUGAUUUGUUUUUAUUGCUUAAAUAUUAUUGCUUGCACAUGUGAUGUUUCUGUUCAUGUUAUUGACUGAGCGUAACAUUUUGAGACGCAGCUGGAUGCGGACUGGAUAUCGACAUGACGGCGCCUGUCCAGGAGAAAAUAGCUCAAAUAACUUUUUUCUGGAAGGUCAAAAGUGACACACUUUUUGGAAGACGCACUCUGCUGAAGGAGACGCUGCGAUAUGCAAAUCAGGGAGCGUUUUUUUGAACAUUUGCUGAAGAGUGAAAAGGAAAUCCCUCCGCUGCUGCGAGGACAAGAGCUCUUAACAUCUCAAGGAAAUGUAAGACAUUGUCUCGGAGGACGCCACAUCAUUGGGUGUCUAAUCCGUGGACUACUCGUCUACUACUAUGUCUUCUUUAAAUCUCCAGACAUGACUUAGCUCAUUGUAAGAUAACGUGUCCACAACAUGAAGUGGACCAAGAUGAUCGUCCACCUCAGGAUGUCUUUCCGAACCAAGACACUUUCUGAGCGCUGUCUGCUGCUGGUUCAACGCGUCUCCCGUUUGCAUGAUGUCAGGAUCUGAGUUAUAUUUGCAAUGACUUAUUUUUUAUUAUUGUCAAACCAAUUAAGAUUAACAGAUAAAGUUGAAAGGUAGUGAUGCCAUAAGUGAUACUGAUGUGAGGAGAGAAGCGAAGCUGGCAGCGUGCCAGAUUUUUCUAUUGUUUUUCAGUCUGGCUUUUUACUCGCUACAGUAAAUCGCAUUGUGUUUCUGAAAAUGGGCUCAGAUUGAUAGAGUCUUAUCUCUCAAACCUCUAGGGGGACAUUUCUUAUCCUCUUAUUUCUUACAGUUGACCAUAUUCAUUGAAUAUUCUUUAAAAAAGAUUAUUAUUUCUUCUAUUUGCAUUUUUGCUUCUCUGAUGAUGUUGAUUAUUGAUAGUACAGAUUCAAAACUUUUUUUUCAACUUCUAACUACGAUGUUACUGAUGAUCAUUACGCGGCAACGAGUUUAUGUUUGUUUAUGAGGAUUUUUUAAUAAUCCGGUUUCUUUCUAUAGGUACAAUUUUUUUGUUUACACAGGCAUGAAUGUUUUCAUGUUUUUUUGAAAAAGAAAAAUGGUUUUAAAUGUAAAAAAAAUCCUCAUAGACGAUAUUUGCCAUAUUUGCAUGCAGUUUUUGUGCCGGUCUAAAUUUUGUACGUUCAUACAUUGCUUGGUGCCAAUAAUCCACUGAUAUAAUCUACAGAAGACGUUUGAAGUUUGUCUUGGUCUUAUCUUUUCAUCUGGGAAGGGCUCGAGAUCGUGGGCAGCGUUAUUUUGUACACGUUCCUAGGUUGAUGUUACUUAUGAACCCUUUUCCAAAUAAGAAGAUAAUUGUGUCAAAUCACCGUGCGCCAAUAAUUAAUAAAAUGGGAAGCGAAGAAAUAGGGUUUCUAGGGCACUCUUUAUUAAAGAGCGCGAUACAGUUUCCUUUGCCGUAAAUUGUGGAACCGAAGCUGUUCAGUGAAAUUAAUAGUCGCGAGGUGUAGCGGGCAGAGUUUAUAGUUAGAGCGUAAUAGCAUUGAUGAGCCCAAGGGAGACAGUGAGGCCCUCAACGGACCAACUCCUUGUUUAUCCUUCACAUCUGACCGUGGUAUGAAAUAUUGUGUUGGCUACAUAAAUGCCCUGUAUUAAUUUGA